GCAUCAUCGACAAACUCGGCUGUUUCACUCGCUCGGCCUCACUGAACCACAUACACAGAGAUUCUCAAUAAAAGCUUCUCCAAAUCCAGCAGCACGAUGUUGGUGUGACCAUGCCUCGCUGAUGAAAAAGAGUAAACGUGGCAAGGGCUCCUGUGAAGACAAGUGCAGCUUCUUGACCAACCCUCCCAGUGCCCCACUGAUGGAACACUUCUGAUGUGGACAGUGAUGCCAGUAGUCACUAGGCAAAGGGUGAACAGAAACCUUACCGCCGACGCUGCUGGAAGACUACUACAGAAAAGGGACGUUCUUCGAUUGUCUGGCAUCUCAGUAGGGUGAAGAUUCCUCACUAUGUCCCUCUGCAUAUCAGUUUGUGGUUGAAGCUGGUGUAGUGCCUCGGAGGUGGCAGGUCGCAGUGGGUGCAGCAUCGAUCUCUGGGACGCUGAUGCAGUAUGAAUAAUAGACGGCGGCACUUUUGUGGGGCCCGUAAGGUGCGAAGCGCGGUUUCAAACUCCCCGUCUCUGGACACUCACUCUACCCCUGAGGCUUGGCACCAAGUCGAGUGGGGCCCCUCAAGACUCUUGUUCACAACAUCGACUCGAACCCGACACUUUUUUUCCGAGACUCAUUUUGCUAUAGACGUCCUUGGCGCAGAACCGUUGGAAGUACUUUGACAGCGAGCUAACCAUGUCGGGCCUCGAUGCCGUGUUCAAGUCCUUCACUCACGAUGCGCCUGCUAUGGACGGGCGUACCUUCGUGAAGUUGUGUAAGGAUUGCAAGGCAUUUGACAAGAACUACACGACAACGGACGCCGACCUUAUCUUCACGAAAGUCAAGGCGAAGGGCGCCAAGACUAUCACUUUUGCCGAGUUCGAGGCGGCUAUCGAUCUCAUCGCGGAAAAGAAAAAAGUCUCUGCGCAAGAGCUUGCAGCGCAGAUUUCUUCUGCCAGUGGUCCGGUGUAUAGUGGGACGAAAGCCCUUCCCAACAAGUUUCAUGACGAUAAAUCGCUGUACACAGGUGUCCACGCCAAUGGCGGUCCGAGCACCGUUGACGGCAACGUCAAUGAUAUUUCUCAGAUCCUUGACCGAUCGGCAGCAACAGUAAGAGGCACGAAAAUGUAAUCAAAGUAUGUUUAUCUCUCGGAUGCCCAUUAAUCUGUGAACCGAGGAGUUAUUUUCUCGUCCGUUCCUCCCUUCUUGGUGACGGUUGAUCGCUGC